UCUUUCCAUUCAUAUUCUUGUGUUCUGGUAAUUUAUAAUUCGCUAUUUCGUAAUGUGCGAAAGAUUCAGUCGUAGACGUGUACUGUUCGUCCUCUGUUUUCCACAACUAACUUCUGACUUUUUUGUGCAAUCGGUUCGUCUCGGGCGAAGACUUCUGACUAGAUUGAGAUAGAGAUAGCGAUUUUUAGGGUUUGGUUAACCUUAUGCCACGACUGACGAAAUCCUCGUUUAAUUAUCGCCUCGGUUUUGAAUGUUCAAACGAGAGAUUAUGAACAGUCAAAGAGUCAAGUCUAUGUAACGACUGGUCAAUUGGGGGAAGUUUUGGAUCUCUACAAUUUCAUUGUAAAUUUCCUGAGGAUGUCCCCACCUUGGUUUUUAUUCUUUUUCUCUCGGUGUGUUUCUUGGAAACUUCCAUAUCUGGAUUUGAUCACCACUUGGAUUUGGGAGGAGUUCAACGUGGAAAACCUAGAAACCAUAAACAAUUCGGAGAGGUAGAUUUGGAGAUCGAGGUGGGUUUUCUGGUAGUGUGAAUAUGGAAUUUCAUAUGGGGUUGUUCUGUUCUUUCAUUUUGUCCUUUGUUCUUUCUUAUCUAGUAGCACAUCCUUUGGCUCGGAAUGAUACUAGUUUUGUUCGUCCAGAUUGCCCGCCCUUCGAUUGUGGAAAUUUUGGCUUCUUAGGAUUCCCUUUUAACAACGAAACGCUUACUGAUUGCGGAUUAUACACAGUUAGAAACUGCUCAGGAGAGCCAAAAAUCCAGCUGAAACGUGAACGAGAUGUAUGGUUCGAUGUUGUUAGCAUAUCUCAGGCUAAUGUCAUCCAUAUCGAUGACACGGAACUUCAAAAGCAAAUAAACUCUCGCAAUUGUUCAAUUCUGGACGAUCUGUCUCUUCCGACUUCUCCUUCAUCUUCUUUAUCCACAAACAAUAAUAUUACUUUAUACAAUUGCACAGAUAAUCCUGGAGGUGCUUUUCCUCUUUUCAUCAGUAAAUUUAGCUGCCCUGGUAUUUAUUCAGUCCUCAACUCUGGUACUCCUCCAAACUGUUCCACUUCCAAUUCUAGAUUUUUAGUUCCAGCUCUCCCGGUUGGUCCCAAUAAUUCUGUUCUUGAGUUUACUGCUGAUUUCCAACUGCGAGUGACCGUAUCUAGUAUAUGUUAUGACUGUUUCCGUGAAGGAGGCCAAUGCUCGAUUACCAAUGAAAAAUUUGUGUGUAAGGAUGGAAAACGAGAAGCAAGCAAAGAUAAAAGUAGAAUGAGCUUGUGGAUAGGACUAGGUGUUGGAGUCCUAGGUGUAAAUCUGCUUAUGCUAUUAUUUGCUCUUUGGUACUGCAAAAAAAGGCGUGCUGCUCCAACAAUGCUAACAAGGAAUAUAUCUUGUGAACCCUACUCAAAAUUCGACCUGGAAGAUGGUGGCGUGUGCUUUGAAGUUCCUGUUUUCUCAUAUGGCGAACUUGAAAUGGCCACUAACAAAUUUGAUCGUGAUAAAGAACUUGGAGAUGGUGGUUUUGGAACCGUAUACCAUGGGAAACUCCUUGAUGGCCGGGAAGUUGCCGUGAAGCGCCUAUAUCAACAUAACUAUAGACGAGUAGAGCAAUUCAUGAAUGAGGUUAAAAUUCUCACCCGCCUUCGCCAUAAAAAUCUGGUCUCCCUUUAUGGAUGCACUUCAAAACGCAGUCGUGAACUUCUUCUUGUUUAUGAAUUUGUCGCAAAUGGUACUGUUGCUGAUCAUCUUCAUGGCGAACAAGCAAGUUUUAGCUUGCUCACAUGGCCUAUUCGGAUGUCCAUCGCUAUUGAAACAGCAAGUGCUCUAGUUUAUCUCCACGCUUCUGAAAUCAUUCAUCGUGAUGUGAAGACUACUAACAUUCUCUUGGACAGUAAUUUUUCCGUCAAAGUCGCUGAUUUUGGUCUCUCUAGACUAUUCCCAAACGACGUUAGUCAUGUCUCGACUGCUCCUCAAGGCACCCCUGGUUACGUUGAUCCUGAGUAUUAUCAGUGUUAUCAGCUUACAACCAAGAGCGAUGUUUAUAGUUUUGGUGUCGUCUUAAUCGAGCUUAUAUCGUCAAUGCCAGCUGUUGAUAUAACAAGGCAUCGGCACGAGAUUAAUUUGUCUAACUUAGCAGUGGACAAAAUUUUAAGACAGGAAAUUGAUGAGCUGAUUGAUCCAUGCCUCGGGUAUCAAUCAGACGAAAAGGUUCGACGCAUGAUAUUGGCAGUGGCUUGGCUAGCUUUUCUAUGUCUGCAGCAAGACAAGGAAAGGAGACCAACAAUGGAAGAAGCGCUGGAAACUUUAAAGAGGAUUGAGAGUGGGGAAGAAAGCGAGAAUUUGCAGGAUAAUAGUGCACUGUCGAAGAGCUAUGAUCCAGCUCCUUCUCCAGAGUAUGAUGAAGUUGAAUUGUUGAAGAAUAAGAGGCAGCAGCUGUUGUCCCCUACUUCUGUUGCUGAUAAAUGGAUCAGCUCAACCUCAUUUGUUAGUGCUUCUACUUCUCUAUCAUCUAUUUCCUAAUUCUUUCCUUCUCUUUCUUUUUGUUUUAGUUUAAUGAUAAAAAUUUAGAUUAUGAUAAUGUUAGGGAGAAAUACAAUACAUAUUUAGCUCCCUCUGGAAAACAAAACAUAAUAAUGUUGCAUGUAUAUCUGUGAAUCAAUUUUGGCAACUAUAUACAAGGUAGGGAAUGUACAUUUACAUAUAAGAACUAUUGAGAAAUCGUUCAGCUGUACAAACAAAGAUCAUACUCUCUUUUUUUCUUCUUGAAUUGAAUAUGGGCCAAACUUAGGCUUGGAUUUUGUUAGA